CAGCCGCCAUCUUGACGCGGCUCAGAAUCAGGAUUUCGGGAGAGCAUUAUUCUUUAGACCGAAACGAGCCAUUUAGACCGUGCUCAAACGGCUUUAUUCUGCAGAAAAUCCAAGUCUUUAUUCCUUCGAAGAUAAUUAUUGAGAAAAAACGAGGAUUGGAUCAGUUUUUGUCGUCUAGAGAGCCCCUCGUAUAUUUGAUUUCCCCUUCAGAGAGCGCCGCUUCUCCGUAUCUCCGUUCCGAGACGAUGUAUUUAUCGAGAGACAGUAUCGAGAAAAAUACAUCGGCGCAUACAAAAUAUUUUUGUAAAUUUCUUGUCUUUAUUGGAGGCGAAAAUUGAAUUUAAGGCUGUUCAUUUGGACCGGGAAAAGGCGCUUAUUUAAAGAUGCCUAUCUAGGGAUUUAUGGAGAAAGGGUCUUGAAUCCACACUAUAUACUUUUUUUGCUACUAUUUUAAUUUAUUUUCCGGAACCGAAAUAUUUUUUGGCCAUAAUUAUUAAAGAUAAUUAUGUGGGUGUUGGGUGUUGGAUUAUCAUGGGGUGAUUGUCAGCGGCGAAGCGUGGCGCUGUUGCCUUUAUUUUGAAACAUUCUACUCGGCUGACUAGUGCAAGCAUUUUUCUAUCUUGCCAGCUAGUUGGUUAAAUACCCCUAUACAUGGGGUGUGAGUAAGAAAGAAGAUUGUUGCCAUAAAAAAAUCUAGCUGGAAGGAGUCGAAUUUCAUUUUGCAUCAUUAUUUAGUGAUCAUUCUUACCGAUCAGAAUGGCUGACAAUUUGCUGGACGUCGGACCUCCCAACGCAAAGCGACCGAAACUCAAUUCACCUGCGCUUUCAGCGUCAGAUGGUCCAGACCUGGUGUCGCUGUUCGACCUGGAGAAUGACCUCCCAGACGAGCUGAUCCCCAAUGGGGACCUGGGUGGCCUGAUGGGCAUGCCCUCCAACGGUGCCCCUGGCGGGGGGGGAGGAGUGCCUGGAGGAGGUCCCCGGGGCCUGGGCUCCAUGGUCCCUGACGCUGCCGCCAAACACAAGCAGCUGUCUGAGCUCCUGAGAGCGGGGGGUGCUGGGUCCGGUGGCAUGGGCCCCAUGAUGGGGAAAGUCCCUAUGGGCCAGGGCUCGCCCAACCAAGCCCAGAAAGGAAGCCCCGCCAGCGGACAACAAGGCAACGGCUCCAUGGUGGGCUUCAACCAGGCUAUGAUGAACAGCCAUGGACACGGGAUGCCGGGCCAGGUGAUGAACGGGGCCCUGGGGCCGGCAGGACGGGGCAGGCCGGGGCUGCAGCAGUACCAGGUCCAGGCCAUGCAGGGUGCUGGGGGGGGCGUGGGGCCGGGAGGCAGCAGUGUGCUGGCUGAGACUCUGGCUCAGGGAGGAGGGCAGAUGGGAGCUCACAACGCCAUGAACGCCCAGCAGGCUAGCAACAUGAAUAAGAUGGGUAUGGCUGGCAGUCCUUUUGGGCAGCAGUACGGCCAGGGCGGGGUCCAGCAGCAGAUGGGGGUGAACGCUCAGCAGCAGCUCCGGAACAAGGCAGCCCUUGCCAACAGCCUGCCCCCCUUCCCCAGUGACCUGAAAGGGGCCAGCAGCAUGCCAAACCUGGCCCAGAUGCAGCAGGUAUCCUCCAUGGUCCCUGGCGGUGGGGUGUCUGCAGCCACGGCGAGCCACACGGCCGACCCAGAGAAGCGCAAGCUCAUCCAGCAACAGCUGGUCCUGCUGCUCCACGCCCACAAGUGCCAGCGGCGGGAGCAGGCCAACGGGGAGGUGCGGGCCUGCGCCCUGCCACACUGCCGCACCAUGAAGAACGUCCUCAACCACAUGACACACUGCCAGGCCGGCAAGUCCUGCCAGGUGGCUCACUGUGCGUCGUCCAGACAAAUCAUUUCUCACUGGAAGAACUGCACUCGGCAUGACUGUCCCGUCUGCCUGCCGCUGAAGAACGCCAGCGACAAAAGGAACCAGCAGCCCAUGCUGGGUUCGCCCGGCGCCAGCCUGCAGAGUGCCAUCAAUGCCACGGUGGGCACGGGCCCUCCCGGCAGCUCCCCGGGUUCCUCCAUGAACAGUGGCGGUGCCAGCAGCGGGCACAUCGACCCCAGUUCCAUGCAGCGGGCCUACGCUGCCCUGGGCCUGCCCUACGGUAACCAGUCCCCUGCUCAGGGACAGGGAGGACCUGGAGGACAGAACACAGCCCAGGGAGGGCAGCAGCUACGCUCCAUCAAUGCACUAGGCACUAACAUGAACAUGGCCGGAGGAGGGGUGGGCGUGCCCUCAGAGACCGGCAUGCUCUCGGACUCAUCGCUCCCCUCGUCGCUCAACAAUCAGUUGAUGCCAGACGGGUUGGGCAUGGGGGGCAUGGGCAACCUGCCGGGCGCCAACCCUCUCUCUGCCUCGGGGGUGAGGAAGACGUGGCACGAGCACGUCACUCAGGACCUACGCACCCACCUGGUGCACAAACUAGUACAAGCCAUAUUCCCCACCCCAGACCCCGCAGCACUGAAGGAUCGGCGGAUGGAGAACCUGGUGGCGUACGCUAGGAAGGUGGAAGGGGACAUGUACCAGUCUGCCAACAGCAGGGACGAGUAUUACCACUUCCUGGCGGAGAAGAUCUAUAAGAUCCAGAAGGAGUUGGAGGAGAAGAGGCGCUCGCGGCUCCAGAAGCAGCCUGGCCCCAUGGCAGUGGGGGGCCCAGGGGCCCAGCAGCAGCCUGGCAUGCCCCCUCAGCCGAACUCCAUGGGUCCUGGCCAGUCCCCACGGCCAGCCAAUGGAUCUGUGCCUAUGCCCAACGUGCCAAAUCAGAUCAUGCCCCGCAUGCAGGUGUCUCAAGGAAUCAAUCAGUUCAACCCCAUGGCGAUGCAGAACGUGCAGAUGUCCCAGGCGCCCAUGCAGAUGUCCCAGGCGCCCAUGCAGAUGUCCCAGGCGCCCAUGCAGAUGUCCCAGGCGCCCAUGCAGAUGUCCCAGGCGCCCAUGCAGAUGUCCCAGGCGCCCAUGCAGAUGUCCCAGGCGCCCAUGGGGGCCCGCGCCGCCUCGCCCAUGAACCACUCGCAGCAGAUGAACAUGAGCUCUGUCCCAGCGAUGGGCAUGUCCCCAUCCAGGAUGCCCCAGGUGCAAGGCAUGAUGGGACAGCACGCCAACAGCAUGGUGGGACAGACAGCCAAUCAGAGCCAGUUCAUGCCCCAGAGCCAGUUCUCUCCCAACACCGCCCCUGGCGGGGGAAUGAUUAUGAACAACCUGGGCUCCCUCGGCCAGCCGCAAGCACAGGCAGCUGUCACUCAGCCCCCCCUGCCCCGCGCCACCCCUCCACCCAACGCCUCGGCUAACCUGCAGCAGCUCCAGCACCCCCACUCCCACCCACCCCCCCAGGCUCAGCCUUCACCGUCCUCCACCCCCACUCACGUCCCCAGCGGCGGCCUCCCUGCCCGGCCCCCCUCGACCCUGGGCAUGCAGUCCCCUGCUGCCCCCUCCCAGCCGCUCACGCCCCUGCAGCAUCAGCAGCCGGGGACCCCCAGCCAGACGCAGCCCAGCUCAGUGCAGCCCCCCAGCACGCCGCUGUCCCAGGCGCCAGCCAGUAUAGAUAACCGCAUGCCCACCCCAGGCUCGGUGGCAGAGGUCCACUCCCAACAGGCCCCACCAGACAUGGCCCAAACGGAGCACAAAGCCGAGCACAAAGACGAGGAUGACGAGGAGGAGGAGGAGGACGACGACGAGGAGGACGACUGUGGCUCGGGGAAAAGGCAGCCCAGCGACUUCAAAAUGGAGCAGGACGAAGACCCAAAAGACACCAAACCCCUCAUGGUCAAGGAGGAGGAGCCAGACGGGGCGGAGCCUAAGCAGGAGCCAAUGGAGACAAAGGAGGGGAAGAAGCCAGAGAUUAAGAAGGAACCCAAAGAGGAGGAGGAGGGCGGGGUCAACGGCACGGCAGCGUCCUCCUCCCCCACUCAGAACCGCAAAAAAAUCUUUAAGCCAGAGGAGCUGCGCCAGGCCCUGAUGCCCACACUAGAGGCCCUCUACAGACAGGACCCAGAGUCUCUGCCCUUCAGACAGCCUGUCGACCCCAUGCUGCUGGGCAUCCCCGACUACUUUGACAUAGUGAAGAAACCUAUGGACCUGUCCACUAUAAAGCGUAAGUUGGACACAGGUCAGUACCAGGAACCCUGGCAGUACGUGGAAGACAUCUGGGUCAUGUUCAACAACGCCUGGAUCUACAACCGCAAGACGUCCCGCGUCUACAAGUACUGCUCCAAGCUGGCCGAGGUGUUUGAGCUGGAGAUAGACCCCGUCAUGGUCAGCCUGGGCUACUGCUGCGGCAGGAAGUUUGAGUUCUCACCCCAGACCCUCUGCUGCUAUGGCAAACAGCUGUGCACCAUCUCCAGAGACGGAACCUACUUCAGCUACCAGAACAGCUCACCCAAAUAUGGCCUUGUUGCCGACAGGUAUCACUUCUGUGAGAAGUGCUUCAACGAGAUCCAGGGCAAUAACGUCACCCUGGGAGACGACCCGGCACAGCCACAGACUAUGAUAUCUAAAGACCAGUUUGAAAAGAAGAAAAACGACAUGUUGGAUCCAGAACCGUUUGUUGAAUGUAAAGACUGUGGACGGAAGAUGCACCAGAUCUGUGUGCUGCAUUAUGAUGUCAUCUGGCCAUCGGGCUUCAUUUGCGACAUCUGUCUGAAGAAGUCCGGCAAGACGAGGAAAGAGAACAAGUUCGCGGCCAAAAGGCUACAGACGACGAGGUUGGGCAUGUACAUUGAGGACCGGGUGAAUAAGUACUUGAAGAGGCAGAACCACCCUGAGGCUGGGGAGGUGUUUGUACGGGUGGUGGCUAGCUCCGACAAAAAUGUUGAGAUCAAACCUGGCAUGAAAUCUAGGUUUGUGGACUCGGGUGAAAUGCAGGAGACCUUCCCUUACAGAACCAAAGCACUUUUUGCGUUUGAGGAGAUUGACGGUGUGGACGUGUGUUUCUUCGGUAUGCACGUCCAGGAGUACGGUUCCGAGUGUGCCUUCCCCAACACCAGACGGGUUUACAUAUCGUAUCUGGACAGUAUUCACUUCUUCAAGCCCCGGGCGUUGAGGACGGCAGUCUACCAUGAGAUCUUGAUAGGGUACCUGGAGUACGUUAAGAAACUGGGCUAUGUGUAUGGUCAUAUCUGGGCGUGCCCCCCCAGUGAAGGGGACGACUACAUCUUCCACUGCCACCCGCAGGACCAGAAGAUCCCCAAGCCCAAGAGGCUGCAGGAGUGGUACAGGAAGAUGCUGGAGAAGGCCUUCGCAGAGAGGAUCCUCCAUGACUUCAAGGACAUCUUCAAGCAGGCCACGGAGGACCGUAUUACCAGUGCCAACGAGAUGCCCUACUUCGAAGGCGACUUCUGGCCCAACGUGCUGGAGGAGAGCAUCAAGGAGCUGGAGCAGGAGGAGGAGGAGAGGAAGAAGGAAGAGAACGUGGCCUCCUGUGAGACCCCCGAGCACACUGCUGAUAGCAAAAACGCCAAGAAGAAGAACAACAAGAAGACCAAUAAAAACAAGAGCAGCGUGAGCCGAGCCAAUAAGAAGAAGCCUGGCAUGCUCAAUGUAGCCAACGACCUGUCCCAGAAGCUCUACUCCACCCUGGAGAAACACAAGGAGGUGUUCUUUGUGAUCCAUCUGCACGCGGGACCCUCGGUCAACACCCUCCCCCCCAUCAUGGAUCCAGACCCCCUGCUGACCUGCGACCUGAUGGACGGCCGCGACGCCUUCCUCACCCUGGCCCGGGACAAGCACUGGGAGUUCAGCUCUCUGCGGAGGUGCAAGUGGAGCACCAUGUGUAUGUUGGUGGAGCUGCACAACCAGGGCCAGGACCGCUUCGUCUACACCUGCAACGAGUGUAAACACCACGUGGAGACGCGCUGGCACUGCACCGUCUGUGAGGACUUUGACCUAUGCAUCAACUGCUACGCUGCCAAGGGCCACGAGCACAAGAUGGUUAAGUGGGGCCUCGGGCUGGACGACGACAGCAACGGCGCGGGUGGUGCCGGAGGCGAGGCCUCCCAGAGUCCCCAAGAAUCCCGUCGCCUCUCCAUCCAACGCUGCAUCCAGUCCCUGGUCCACGCCUGUCAGUGCCGCAACGCCAACUGCUCGCUGCCCUCCUGCCAGAAGAUGAAGCGCGUGGUGCAGCACACCAAAGGUUGCAAGCGCAAGACCAACGGUGGCUGCCCCGUGUGCAAACAGCUCAUCGCCCUGUGCUGCUACCACGCCAAACACUGCCAGGAGAACAAGUGUCCUGUGCCCUUCUGUCUGAACAUCAAGCACAAGCUGAGGCAGCAGCAGCUCCAGCACCGCUUACAACAGGCUCAGAUGAUGAGGAGAAGAAUGGCCACUAUGGCCGGGCGGGGAAUGGCACCUCAGAGCCUGCCGUCGCCACCUACCUCAGCCACCCCCGGCACCCCCACCUCGGGCGGACAGACCCCCAGCACGCCCACCCACACCCCCCAGGCCUCCUUACCCAUCAGCCAGCCCCAGCAGCAGCCGCCCCCCAACGUGACAGCCGGCAUGGCCCAACAACAACCCGGCUUUCCCAACAACGGGCGCACCAGCCAGCCGCCAACGCCGGUUCCACAAGGGGGAAAGCCGGGGCCCCAGUCUUCCCCUCUACAUCAGGUGCAGUCGCCCCUGCCCAACAUACCCAACAUGCCCCCCCAACAACAACAACAGAUUCCACAACAACAACAACCGCCCCCGCUGGCCGCUCUGAAGAUGGCCCGGCACAUAGAGAUGGUGGCCAAGGCCAAGCAGCAGCAGCAGCAGCAGCAGCAGCAGCAGCAGCAACAGAACUACAACAUGAACAUGCCCAACGGUGUGCCCAUGAACCACCCCCGCAUGGUGGGGCCUAUGCAAGGCCAGAUGGGGCCAGGGCAGAUGCAGCAGAUGAUGGGGCCCCGGGCCCCCCAAGUGAUGCAGCAGGGCCAGUGGGGCCCCCAGGGGGGGAUGCAGCAGAACCCCCUCCAGAACCCCCAAGCGGUCCAACAACAGCAGCAAGGCCUACCCCAGCAAGGUGGCCCCAUGCCCCCCCAACAGGCUCAGGGAAACUCCACUCAGUUGAUGCAGCAGCGGCCCAUGAUGCAGCAGCAGCCCGGUCUUCAGAUGCCUGGUGGGGUCCACAUGCCCCCCCAGGGUCCCCCUCAGCAGCAGGGCAUGACGCCCCAGCAACAAGGGGGCAUGCCCCGGGGCAUCCCGGGAAACAUCGCCCCUAAUGCCCUGCAGGACCUCCUGAGGACCCUCAAGUCGCCCAGCUCUCCCCAGCAGCAGCAACAGGUGCUCAACAUCCUCAAGUCCAACCCCCACCUCAUGGCCGCCUUCAUCAAGCAGCGCACGGCCAAGUACCAGGCAAGCCAACUUCCGGGCCAGCAGCAGCAGCAGAACCCCCAACAACAACAACAGCAGCAGAACCCCCAACAACAACAACAGCAGCAGAACCCCCAGGCGAUCCUGGGAGGCCAGGCUGGGAUGCAGGCCAUGGCUGCUGCCAUGCAGGCUGGGGCGGUGCAGCAGAGGCCGGGGGUGGGCAUGCCCCCCCAGCAGCAGCAGCAGCAGCCUGGCCCUCAGCAGGUUGGUGGCCCCCAGGGUAUGGGCGCCAUGGGCCCACAGGGACAACAGCUGAUGAACGUACACAACGGCAACCCCCAGCUCUACCGCAGGCAGCUGCUCCGGAUGCAGCAGCAACAACAACAACAACAACAACAACAACAGCAACAACAGCAAGGAGCCAUGCCCCAGGGCCUUCCAGGCCAGUUCCCCCAGCAGCAGGGAGGAGCAGCCAGCUACUCCCAGCUCCGCAUGCAGCAGCAGAGGGUCAUGCAUCUCCCCCCCAUGGCCCAGAUGGGGCAGCCCGGCAUGGGCAUGGACGGGCCCCAGGCCCAAAACCUCCUCCAGCAGAGGAUGCUCCAGCAGCAACAGCAGAUGCUGAAGCAGCAGAUGGGCUCUCCAGCCCAGGCCAACUCCAUGAGCCCCCAGCCCCACAUGCUCCAAGGACAGCCCCAGGGAGGAGCUCACCUGCCUGGCCAGGCAAUGGGCAACGCCCUGGGCAACCAGGUUAGGUCUCCAGCCCCGGUGCAGUCGCCCCACCCUCCCUCACAGCAGCCCCCACAUUCCAGCCCCUCCCCCCGGAUACAGCCCCAUCCCUCACCCCAGCACGCCAACCUCCACUCCGGCUCACCCCACCCCAGUCUGGGCGGCCUCAUGCCAGGCUCCAUGGACCAGGGACACAUGGGCACGCCCGAGCAGAGCGCCAUGCUCCCGCAGCUUAACACGCCCAGCCGUGGCAGGCUUAGCAAUGACUUGAAUAUGGUGGGCGACACCACAGGAGACACACUCGAGAAGUUUGUUGAAGGAUUGUAGCAUUUUGUGACGAGACUUGUUUGGUUUUCUCGGUUUUCCACAAAUAACUUUUUGUACUGACUGCUAUGUAAAGAGAUGAGGCCUAAGGACUGUGAACCUUUACUUAAACCAAGGGACUGCUAUUUCUUCCAACAAAACGGAGGGAUUUGAAUAAUUAUUGCUGUUAAAGAGGAGAAUGGGUGGGGGGGAAACAUAUUUUGGGGUUCAGACCAGCCAUGAAAAUAAUUUUGUUUAAAAAAAAUUUUUUUUUUAUGUCUCUGGUAUGGAGUUUUUUUAAUGACACCUCUUCAAAACAAGUCUUUCAUUUAAUUUUUUCAAUGUUUUUAUUUUGUACCUUUGCAAAAAAAAUCAUAGCGUUUUUGUGUUGAGAAGAUUGUAAAAUAAUUUUGUCUGAACUUUUUGUGCCAGGUUUUGCAUCUUUGCUCCCUCUUCAUUCCUGGCUAAUUUAUUAUUCUAAUGUACCAUUUUUUCAAAAAGGGCACAUGCCUUUAGGUGAGACUUAUUUUCUUUCCGUACUGCAGAAGAGUCCUUGUGGGAUAUUAACGUAUUUGUAUAGAGCUAGGAACUAUCGCACACCCAAACACCAUGUUGAGGUGAACAACUGACUCUCACAAAUGCUCCUUCAUCCACAGCUGCCAGAAUGUUCGUUUUCUACUGGCUUGGAACCAGUAUUUCUGUCCUCCAGAUGUUGGACAUCUUUGUUGCUUUGUUUAUCCUUCAAUCUGAAGUCUUGAUUUACCUCCCCGAGCUUAACUGUGGCGAGGGUAUACCUUUUGGACUGCUUGCUGAUUUGUGAUUGGAGAGCGUUCUGUGCAUCUUUUUUCCUCUUGCAUUAAACUUGAAUUGAGGUGAAACUGUUCACUGUUGUAAAUCAUGCAGGUUGACAAUGUAAAUAUGCAGAAAAAGAAGAAUGAAUCACUGUACAAACUGGUUAAAAAUGACUCAUUUCGUACUUAUAUACCAUAUUGUUAAAUAAACUGUGUGCAAACAGA